AUGAUUUCACCACUUGAUAUUUGGGUUCUUCCAAUUCGUGUUGGUUUUUUAAGUUUAUAUUUAUAUAUAUUUCCUGUCAUUUUGAAAGAAGUUGCAUAUAUUCUUUCAUUAUUUAUGACACCCUUUAUGUUACAAUUAUCCUAUUUGGUUGGAUAUUAUAUAUUUUUUGCGUCAAUAAUUUGUAUAUUAGAUAUUCAAGACAAGAUGAUAAAUACUGUUACUUUACUUCAAGUACUUCAAGUUUAUCGAUUACGUACAAAAGAACAAGGAAUUUACGAAUACAUCAUCAAUUAUAUUGACAAAGUAAAAGCUUCUAACAUUAAAACACCACCAACUUGUCUUUGUCCUAAUUCAAAGGAUGUCAUUUCGAGCAAUGGUUGGUGUGAAUCAUGUGGAACUGGGAUGGUUCCUGGUGUCAUACUUCCUCCUUGGACUAGUGGACAUCCGGAAAUCAACAAGAUUAUUUUUAAUUCACAAUUUGAAUCUAAACAUAUGUUUGAUCAUAUUGAAUGGAUUAAUUAUGAUAGAUUCAGGGAUAUCAAUGAAAUUAAAAAAAAUAGAUUUGAUUGUGUUUAUUCUGCCCUUUGGAUUGAUGGGCCAAUGCCAUUAUUCGGUAUGGCGAGGAAUGGUGCUCAGAAUGUGAUUAUUAAAAGUCUUGGAAGAACACCAUCAGAUUUAACCCCCGAGUUUCUUCGCGAGCCUCCAUUUCAUGGAAGUCCAUUAACCACAAGCUUAGCUUUAGAUAUUUGUGGUGGAGAAAGACCCAAAAUUGAUCCAUCUGGGACACCAAAAUGUUAUGUUGAUUUGAUGAAAAAAUGUUGGGAUUCUGAUCCAGCUAAGAGACCAAAUAUUAAUGAAAUUCAUGAAAUUUUGAUGGAUUGGUAUUUUUUAAUAAAAAAUUACGAUGAUUUUAAAAUAGCUGAGAAUGAGAUAGAUAGUAAAGAUUUUGGAACAAAUCCUAUGACGUUUGAAACGCUUGAAGAUGAGGAUGCUUAUUAUAGUCAAUUCAUUGAUUUGGAUGCUAUUUCAAAAGAAGAACCAUUUGAAGUUUUGGAUGAUGGGAUUUCCCCGAAAUCGCAUAAGUCUGGACAUUCUAGUUGGUAA